GAGGUCAGGAGGGUGUUUGUUGCGGUGUCUCCUCCAUAACGUCCUACACUUGUCUCUGCCGCUUUUUCUGCAUCUUUUGUUAUCUCAUUAGUUGACAACAACAUCAACAACAACAACAACAACAACAACAACACUAAUACUAGCAUAAUGGCAGUUCCUCCAGCAUAUACAGACCUUGGAAAAUCAGCAAAGGACAUCUUCAAUAAGGGAUACGGUUUUGGACUGGUUAAGCUUGAUGUGAAGACAAAGUCUACAAGUGGAGUGGAAUUUAAAACGUCCGGCUCAUCCAACAUAGACACCAGCAAGGUCACUGGAGCCCUGGAAACCAAGUACAGGUGGGCUGAGUAUGGGCUGACGUUCACAGAGAAGUGGACCACAGAAAACACACUUGGAACAGAAAUUUGUGUUGAGGAUCAGAUCACCAAAGGGCUGAAACUUACUUUUGACACUACAUUUUCACCAAACACUGGCAAGAAGAGUGGCAAGGUCAAGACAGCUUAUAAAAGGGAAUACCUUAAUGCUGGAGUUGAUGUAGAUUUAGAUUUUGCUGGUCCUACUAUCCAUGGAGCAGCAGUAGCUGGCUAUGAGGGCUGGCUGGCUGGCUACCAGAUGACCUUUGACACAGCCAAAUCCAAGAUGACCCACAGCAACUUUGCAGUUGGCUACAAGACUGGGGACUUCCAGCUCCACACCAAUGUAAACGAUGGUUCAGAGUUUGGCGGAUCCAUUUAUCAGAAGGUGAAUGACAAACUGGAGACCGCUGUGAAUCUUGCCUGGACAGCAGGCAGCAACGGCACUCGCUUUGGAAUUGCUGCCAAAUACCAGUUAGACUCCAGUGCCUCCAUAUCAGCUAAGGUGAAUAAUGCCAGCUUGGUAGGAAUUGGAUACACCCAGACUCUGAGGCCUGGUAUGAAACUCCUCCUCUCCGCACUGGUGGAUGGGAAGAAUAUCAACGCUGGUGGUCACAAACUAGGUCUGGGCCUGGAGUUGGAGGCAUGAGGAUCUGCUCUGCCAUUUCAUUAGAAGAAGAAGUAUAUCAGCUGAAUCUGACCUGAGAGUUUCUGUCUGGUCAGCAACAGACAUUUUAAAGAGAUGAAGCCAAAACAAAACAAAAAACAAGCCGAGUUCUCAAGCACUGUUAAGAUGGAAAGCUUUCCAGUAGCCUACCUUCAUCGUGGUUACAAUAACUAGUCAUGUUUUAGUCACAUCUACUUUUUAAUCAGUUAUUCCUUCUGCCAAUUUGUUCUCCAUAAUGAAAGAAAACCCCUCCUCUGGGUGUUGAAAGUUGGCUUCCUUAGUUUGACAAUCCAGGAAUGGUUUAAAAAACCAGAACCUCAUUAUUUUGCUCAAGUGUGAUACUAUAGAAUGUAAAUCUGAGCCGUUAUUUUGCACAGUAGAAUACCUACCUAUACUGAAGCUCUUUCUCCUUUGUUUUAUUUGCACAUUUUAUUUAUUUUUGGUAGUGAUGUUCUGCCUGUUGGAAGUGUUACUCCAACAAAAUAUGCUUAUCAAGACUGGCUGGUCUUCACUUAUCUUCCUAGAGAAGCUUAAUUGUGCUGUGCGGUGCGUUUUAGACCUCCACUUCCUUAAAUACCUGCUUUUAAGUUGCAAGAAAAUGCUAAAUGGAUUUUUAUUUUCCUCAGUGUCACAUGAGUGAGAGAAUAUCUGAGUGUAUCAUCUAUUUUCUUCCCAUUUUUGAGGACUGUGACACUAAUCUGGAAGCAGUUUGUGUGUUGGUGUGUGUCUACCUUUGCAAUAAAGUCCUGAAAUCAACCAU